AGAAGCCCCGGCGAGGCCAGCGGCCGGGCUCCCAGCCUCUAUAAAACGGGGCGUGGGGCUGCCUGGGCCGCUGCCCACCAUGGCCUCCUGGGUCCUCCUGCUCCUGGCCUCGGCGCUCCUGGGCUCCCCAGGCCUCCCCUUUUCUGGUGUGACCUCCGAGCACUCCGACCCGGCCAUGGGCCCCCUGAGUGACGGAGAUGAGCUCUUGCUGGUCCUGGCCCAGGGGGCCCCCCAGGCUGACCUGCUGACCACACGGGAGCGGAAGGGCCUCAGCUGCCGGCUGUGCCAGGCGAUAAUUCAGCGGCUGGUGGACAUGGUGGGGGAGCAGCCUGACGAGGACGCCAUCGCCAAGGCCGAGUCCCGCGUGUGCAGCUCGGUGAAGGGCGUCCUGAGGGGCCUGUGCAAGCGCAUCAUGAGGAAGUCCCUGCAGCGCGUCUCCGCCGACAUCCUGGCCGGCAAGGAGCCCCACGCCAUCUGCGUGGACAUCCGCAUGUGCAGGGCGCCGGCCGGUCUCCCGUCAGCCUCCGGCUCCGCCCCGGGGAGGAAGCGCAAGAGCUCCAGCCCUCGCGCUCCGCCGCGCCUUCCUUCCUAAACCCGGG